AUGUACCGCCCAUCAACCGCCUGGGCUCUAGCUAUACUCACUUUUGUGACUGGCACUUUGACCGAAGAUGCUUCGGCCAACUACACAGAGCAGCUCCUGAGUUCUGGCACGGUCAAGCUAGGAGCUUGGCAAGAUGCCUAUGACAAGGCAUCGGCGCUUGUAUCUACGCUCACAACCGAGGAGAAGAUUUCAAUUGUUGCAGGUGGUGAUGGAGGCAACUGGACCGCGUUACACAAUCUUGACUCCGCUACCAACCCUCUUACCUACUUCUACGUCACGACAUGGCCCGCCGAGGGCCAGGGACAUGGCGUUGGCCAGGAAUUCAAGGGAAAGGGUAUCAACAUGGCUUACGGACCUACACUGGAACCUCUCGGACGCUCAGCUUGGGGCGGUCGUUCCGGUGAGACGUACGGCGUGGACAGCUAUCAGGCUGGAAUUAUGGCCGGCGCAGUCGUGAAGGGAAUGUCAUCUGCUGGUGUAACAGCUAGUGCCAAGCACUUCAUCCUCAACGAGCAAGAGACAAAUCGCAUGAGUACAGGCUCUGGUGGAGGCGGCAUGAGAGGAGGCGGAUCUCCUCCAAGUGGAUCAACCAACUCGACCCUGACAGCGCGCCAGGCAUCAUCGACGAACACCACAACGAAUGGCACGACAUCUGACGACGACUCUGGUUCUUACACUAUUACCAUCGGCGACAAGGCGUUUCACGAGACCUACCUGUGGCCCUUCUACGAUACCGUCUACAAUGGCAUGGGUGGUGCCAUGUGUGCCAUGAACAAGGUUAACGGAACAUGCUCAUGCGAGAGCCAGGAUCUCCUCGCCAAGUAUCUCAAAGUCGAGCUCGGGUUCCCUGGCAUUGUGUCUGCCGAUGUCAGCGCGCAGAAGACGGGCAUCAACGCCGCAAACGCUGGCAUGGAUCUCGCCUCGAGCAGUUACUGGUCCAAUGAGACACUGGGCGUGGGCCUCACCAACGGCAGCUUUACCUCGGAGAGACUCGACGACAUGGUGAUUCGUAACAUGAUGGGCUACUUUCACUUGGGGCAGGAUAACGGUUAUCCCAGCCUGGCAGGCGUAACGGACCGCAUCGACGACCGCGGCAACCACAGCGCCAUGGCGAGACAAUAUGCUGCUGGGUCUAUUGCCUUGCUCAAGAACACCAACGGCGCGCUCCCGCUGGUCAACAAGUCGAGUAUCAGCAUAUUCGGCUUCCAUGCUGGCCCCCGGUACGUGGGCGCAAAUACCGCUCUUGGCGUCUACGACGGCGAGCCUUCGACAAUGCAAGGCCACAUGGCUGUAGUCGGAGGAUCCGCCAUGGGCUCGCUGGCAUAUUUGUCCACGCCGCUUCAGCUCUUCAACGAACGUGCCGCCAAGGAUGGCUUCAUGCUUCGUUGGUGGCUUAACGAUACCUCCGAGACGUCCUUCAGCGGCAUGCAGGGCUCCGGCACCGAACUCACCGAGUCCACCACUGGAGUGGCCGAGGACUCGGAUGCGUGCACUGUCUUUCUCAAUGCCUGGGGCGGCGAGGGUGCCGACCGCACGGAGUUGACCAAUGCCGGCCAAGACACGCUCGUGACUACCGUCGCCGACGUCUGUAACAACACCAUUGUGGUGAUAAACACUGUUGGUCCUCGCUUGGUUGAUGCCUGGGUUGAGCACGAGAACGUCACCGGUGUGUUGUAUGCUGGAGCACUGGGCCAAGAAUCCGGCAACGCAAUUGAUGACGUUCUCUUCGGCGCAGUCAACCCUUCUGGUAGACUCGUCCACACUAUUGCUAAGAAUGAGAGCGACUAUAACCCGGAUACGAUGAUUAGUGAGACGGAGUUGAACUUGGAUUAUUCGGAUGGCAACUACAUCGACUACAAGUACUUUGACCAGUACAACAUCACGCCUCGGUACGACUACGGAUACGGCUUGUCUUAUACCACUUUCGAAUACUCUUCUGAUGUCAUGACUGAAGCCUCCUCCAAGCUUACCAGCGGAUUCGCGACUGGAGACAAGGCAGUGGGUGGCCGCGAGGAUCUCUGGGAUAUUGUGGCAACUGUCUCGACCAGCAUUACCAACACUGGUUCCUUGCAAGGCGCCGAAGUAGCCCAGAUGUACAUCUCCUUCCCCGAAGCAGCUGGGGAGCCAGUCAGACAGUUGCGUGGGUUUCAGAAGGCUGUGAUCCGUCCUGGAGAGAAAGCUGACGUAGCUUUCCCUCUGAGACGGAGAGAUCUGAGUGUUUGGGAUGUCGUCGGACAAGAGUGGAAGGUUGAAAGCGGAGAGUACGCGAUUUACGUUGGCUCUAGCAGUAGGAAUCUCAAGUCUCAGGCUACCUUGAGAGUUGACUGA